AUGGACGCCGCCCUUUGGCAAGAGUUGUACACGACUUCCGAGAAAUAUAUCUACAAGCACAUCCGACCGCGCCCCGAGAACAAGAAUGGCCUGAAGCAAAGCCCGUGGUGGACGGACGAACUCGAGGUGCUGCGAGGGCUCUCGUAUAGAGCAGACCGCGAGGCGUAUCGCUGGCGCGGAACGCCCGACCAUCCGGCGCACGGGAUGUACAAGUCCUUACGGCGCGAACGCACCGUCUUACAACCCAUCCACUUCCUCUCAAAGCAACCUCACUUGCGACUCACCACUGCAUCCGUGCGCAUACAUCCAACCUACCCCUUCACAUCCAACCCUAUCACACUUACAAUGGGCUUCCUCGACAUCCUCAAGAAAGUCAUCGGUGUCGGCGCUCCCGUAGCAGCCGCGACGGGCGGCUUCGCAGUUGCUGGUCCCGUCGGCGCGCUGGCGGCUGGUACCGCGGCAGGUGGAGCCUCCUACGCUGUUCUGAACGACGUCGGGAUCAUCACCCGCGUCCGCGAGACGGGAUUGCUCACUAUGGUCGGGCUUGGGCCGAAGGCGGACGAGGGGAAGAAUGACGCUGACGGCAUCAAGGUCUUGCGCGCUUGA